AUGGAGGUGAAUGUGGUAGAAGAGGUGGAUAGUGUGGACCUCAAAGGUGGAGAAGAUGGACACACAAGCAGGAAUAUCACAGAAGGACAUCUAAUGUUAUCCCCGGAUUGUGACAUAAAAGAUAAUGACAGUAGACAGGAUUCUCCAGGAGCUAACCCCAUUACCCCAAUUAUACAUCCAGCUCUAUCAGCUGGUCCCUCUGAUCCUGGGAAAUGUUCUCCUGAUCACUCUGAUAUUGGUGCAUCUGUUACAGCUCUGACAGUAGAUACAGUGUUUCCGUGUUCUAUAGAUGCCAAAUGUUUUACACAAAACACAAAGCAUAUUAACCCACAUACAGGUAAGGCAGGUGAAAGGCCACUGAUAUGUUCUGAGUGUGGGAAAUGUUUUACAUACAAAUCAUAUCUUGUUAAACAUCAGAGAAGUCACACAGGUGAGAGGCCAUUUCCAUGUUCUGAGUGUGGGAAAUGUUUUACACUGAAAUCACAUCUUGUUACACAUCAGCGAACUCACACAGGUGAGAAGCCAUUUCUAUGCUCUGAGUGUGGGAAAUGUUUUUCAAACAAAUCAGAUCUUGCUAGACAUCAGAGAACUCACACAGGUGAGAAGGCAUUUCCAUGUUCUGAGUGUGGGAAAUGUUUUGCACACAAAUCAGAUCUUGUUAAUCAUCAGAGAACUCACACAGGUGAGAAGCCAUUUCCAUGUUCUGAGUGUGGGAAAUGUUUUACACGGAAAUCAUAUCUGGUUACUCAUCAGCGAACUCACACAGGUGAGAAGCCAUUUCUAUGCUCUGAGUGUGGGAAAUGUUUUGCAAACAAAUCAGAUAUUGUUCAACAUCAGAGAAGUCACACAGGUGAGAAGCCAUUUCCAUGUUCUGAGUGUGGGAAAUGUUUUACACGGAAAUCAUAUCUUGUUACUCAUCAGGAAACUCACACAGGUGAGAGGCUAUUUCUAUGUUCUGAGUGUGGGAAAUGUUUUGCACACAAAUCACAACUUGUUAGACAUCAGCAAAGUCACACAGGUGAGAAGCUAUUUCUAUACUCUGAGAAAUAAAGCAGCUCUUGUUGCACACAAUAGACAUCACUCAGGUGAGGAACUAUUUUAAUCUUCUGGAGUAUACUUAUCAUUGCCAUGCGUUGUUCUUCAAGGUUCUUAUUCUAUCUCCUAUGCUUUUUGCAAUAUACAUGCUACCACUGGGUGAAAUAAUCAGAUGUCAUGCCCUCAUCUACCACUGCUAUGCAGAUGACCUGUCUUUUGCUCUGGGUACUGAGAACCCAGUACCAAUCCUAAAUGGUUGUCUAGCUGAGCUCCAGGUAUGGGUGAUACCAGUUGGCUGUGAUUCAGUCCUGGUGAAACAGGUCUUUAAGCUCACCACCAAAGGGCAGGGCUACAGUUCAGCUUUGCAAACCAACCAGACUUACGCUUGGGGGUUCAGAGUUACAAAAUGCUGAUCAUGUGCGGAAUCUUGGUGUCCUGGAUGGUGGAGUGACACUUAGACAUCAGUAUCUGCCACAAUCAGAUCCUCAUCUGAGGAACAUAGCCAGACUCCAGCACUUUAUUCCCUCAGAAGAUCUACCUACAGUCAUACAUGCACUUGUAUCAUCACACAUAGACUACUGCAAUGUCCUCUACCUGGGUCUCCCAGCAAUAGAAUUGCACCGCUUGUAGCUUGUACAGAAUGCAGCAGCCAAGCUGUUACCUAACCAGCUUGUUCCUGCCACAUAACACCCAUUCUCUGCUCCCACCACCGGCUGCCUGUAAGAUGGUUACUCUUACAUAAUCUCACUGACUCUCCCAAUCCUACAUGACCAGGAUCCAUGGUACCAGAAGCAGCUUCUGCCUCCUUACUGCCCAGUUACUUCCACCUGCAGAUGUAGGACUGUUACCAGCAGUACCAAGAAUCCUCAAGCAGUGCUGAGAGGUCAGGGGUGAGACAGGGUGGUGACACUAGUGCUGUAGUAGGGGCUGCCGGAGGCACUGUCUGUAUGUAAUAUUGUCCUCAAGCAGCGCUAAGGUGUAAGAGGGGAGACAGGGCAAUGGCAGUUGUGGGCAGAGACGGGGCAGUGGCAGUAGUGGGGGGAGAUGGCGGUGGCAGUAGUGGAGGGAGACGGGGCUGAUGCAGUUGUGGGGGAGAGACUGCAGUGGCAGUUUUGAGGGAGAAGGGCGGUAGCAGUAGUGGAGAGAGACAGGGCAGUGGCAGUAGUGGGAGACAGAGCGGAUGCAGUUGGGGGUAGACAGGGCAGUUGCAGUAGUGGGGAGACUCGUCAGUGACAGAA